GCUGAUACAAUUGACAAUAAAAAUAUGUUCACACUUCUGACUUCACAGUUCUGAGUUCAGACUAAAAUAAGAAAUUGGAAUAGCGUUAAAGUAUGAAUUAAAGACAAUUUAGUGUGUUUCUCAUUAGGUACUUUUCAGUGAGAGACUGUUAAAAUUUUAUGUCUAAAAAGAAAUAUGGCCUUCAUAAGUCCAUCUUCACAAGUUCCCAAAGAUGCGGUUGUUAUGACCGAACAUGAGGCUGCGGAAUAUGUUUGGGAUUUGGUAUACAAAUGGAAAGAUCUGAGUGAUGUAUGGGCUCUACGCUAUGGCUCGGUAGCAUUGGCUGGUAUAAAUGGUAUCUCCGGAGUACUGAUUAAUAAGCACUAUCGCAGAAAGUUGAAGCUUGGCACUUUUGGACAUUUCUCUUCAGUUAUCCCUGUAUCUGUUAUGCCUGCAAUGCUAACCCUGUUGUUUCAUAGAUAUUUAAUAUCAACAGAUAUGAUGCUAAUGAAGGGUGAGCAAUGUCCGGUGUGCUAUGAAAUGAGAUCAGCGACCACGCAAGUUGUUUUAGGUAUAACAUAUCCAAUGCUGCUAGCGCCCACUUCAGCUUUAAUGCUGGCAAAUAGAUACAAUACAUACAGGGUUCCACACCUGCAAGAGGGCCCUAAAGUAUUAUUUAAGUUCUUACGUACCAUCACCAAGCCACUCACAGGAACAUUAACCACCCUUACUCUUGUGCAAGUAGUUGCCUCAUCUAUUAUAACUUAUUUCGAAAUGAAAAACAGUAUUAUACUGAGAAAUAAGUUAAUUGCAAUAGAACAGAAACUGUCAGCCGAAGAGGACCUAUAAAUAUGUGUGUAUAGUGUAAAUAGAUUUGAAUAGACAACA